AUGCUCAAUAGGUCAUCUCUGAUUAUUCGGUGUUUAAGUAUCUAUGCUUUAAUAUUAGUUAUUGUCGGUACGUUGGGUAAUCUAUUAACAAUCAUCAUUCUCUGUCGACGAAAUCUUCGCCGCUAUGUGACGAUGCGGUAUUUAGUAGUAGUUAGUGUAUGUGAUAUCAUUUCGUUAUAUGGAUGGAAUCUGAACAAUUUCUAUAAGUUUACCGUAAGUCAAAAUCGAGACAAUCUCGAAGAAUUAUCGUUGAUUCAUUGCCGAGUGAUGUCGUAUUUAACAUUCGUUGGUUUACAAUUAUCGAGUUGGUGUUUAGCAGCUGUUAGUCUCGAUCGAUGUUUAAGUUUGUAUUUUCUCACUUGGAAACAAAAUUACGGGCGAUUAAGUCGAGCGAAAUAUCACAUCGCAUUUCUCGCAUGCACCUGUCUACUUCUCAAUUCGCACAUACUUUUUCUCAACGGAUAUCGAAUUCAUUCGAACAAUGGAACAACAACGAAAUGCUACGCGACACGAACAAAUCCGAACUACAUUUAUCCGCAAUGGGAACGAAUUCAUCUUGUUGUUUACAACUUAUGUCCAUUUUCUAUCAUGUGUUUAUGCAAUGCCUAUACUAUUUAUGCAACGAUUCGUUCAGCUCGUAUUCGCAUGCCUACGACAGAACAAUUGUCUCGUCAUCGACAAUUGUCAGUGAUGUUAAUGAUAGUCACAUUUGUUUUUGUUCUUCUGACCUUACCGUCGUGUAUUUAUUACGUGUUUUUUCGCCAUCGUAUGUUGACAAAGCGUCACUCGCGUCUCUAUCGACAUAUGGUACAGAUUUCGUUGGGCAGUGUGCAGUUUACAGCACAUGCAAUCAAUUUCUUUCUUUACUGCUUUUCGACGCGGAAUUUUCGUAAUGAAUUACGUGAUUUUCUCCGUGAAAUCUGUUUCUAUAUCAUAAAAUCGAAACGAACAACAACAGCAACAACAAAGGAUUUAUCGACAACAGAAUUGAAAAAACAGUACCUGAUGAAAAGUCGUCACAACAAUCAAGAAUCAACAUUAGAAGAUCAACAGACCGGACAACAAUAUGCAUUGAAAGAUAUGCAGACAGUACUAAUCAAUGAGCAGUAG